AUGAGAAAGGUCAGUUGCACAUUGGAGGAGGAAGUUGAGGAGACCUCAGACCUGGAAAUGGAGAAGAGAACUUAUACAGUGGAAUGGCUUUCAGUAAGCAGUCACAGGAACAUGACCACUACUCCUACUACUCUUCCCACAACGGACUUAUUAAAAUGUAGGUUGGGACAAACUUUUCCCUAUGGGAAGGAACAUAAAAUCCCAUCAUUGCCAUCCGGAACUGAGAAGCUGAAUACAGAAAGCGACUUCAGUGACAAAGAAAAUCCAAUUGACAACAAAAUUGCACUUUAUCAAGGUCCAAGCAACCUGCAAGACCAAUACGGUGCUUCCAUAUCUAGAAAAACAUUUCAGGAGGUAUCUGCCAAUAGAACAUGUCCUGUCCUAGAGACGUGUCAGCUCUCUGACUCUGACAGUAUGAAGAGUCCGGGGUCUAUGUCUGAGGAAGAGUCUACAUCUAGACCUAGGACUAAGUUCACUGCGGAGCAGCUGCAGGAUCUGGAGAAGAGCUUCAAGGAGCACCGCUACAUUGGUUCCAGCGAGAAGAAGAGGCUGUCCAAGGUGCUGAAGUUAUCAGAGACCCAGAUUAAAACCUGGUUUCAGAAUCGAAGGAUGAAGUUUAAACGUCAAAACCAAGAUGCAAGAGUGGAAGCUUUCUUCUCUGGGAUGUACCUUCCUUAUUACAAUUACUCAGACUUUCAGGCACCCAGUUGCUCCGUACGACCAGAUCUAACAAUACCGUUCACCUCUCCGGCACUAGUUCAUCCUUAUGGAGCACGACCAACAGCGGUCAUGAGGCCUGCACUUCAUGCCUCACCCAUCACCUCGGCAAACUUCGGAUCCUACCCAUGCCCUCCUAUGCUGGUACGCCCUAUGAUUAACGAGCCAAUGAGCCACAGAUACACUCCAUAUUAA